UCCACGCGCCUUAUCGCUCACAAGCAGGCGCGCGACCAUGGUAUCUGAACCAAAAAAAACAAAAAAAACAAGCCUCCCCCUCUCAGAGCUGCGGCACGCGCGUUAGCGGCAGGUUGUUUUCCAGUUAUGCACGCGGGGAGCAGAAGGCCAAAGUCUUUCUGUUCACAGCGGAGACAGAAGGAUGAGAUGCGAUCACCUGAGCAGGUUGUUGGCGCUUUGCGUGAUGUUCUGCGCCAUGCGUAAAGCUUCCAUCGUCCAGGGCGCGCGGGAUUUCGAGAAAAAAGUGUCGAUACUGCUGAAAGAGGAGCGAGAAAACCCAAAGUGCUUUGCUGAGGGCAGGAGGGACCUCACAUGCUUCUGGGAGGAAGAUGAGGAGAGGGCCGGCUCUGUGGAUCAGUACUCCCUCACAUAUACUUACCAGAAUGAGAACAGCAGCAGGUGCCCGCUGAGGGUCGUCCCAGCUGCAGGUGGGAAGCGGCUGUUCGUCUGCCACCUGAACCAAACCCAGAUGUUCGUCCAGAUGGACAUACAGGUUCAUCGGGAGGGAACACUGAUCCAUGAGCGCAGCCUUCUCAUCGAGCUCGUCUUACUUCUGGAUCCUCCGGCGAACGUGACGGUGAGCAGCGCGGCUCAGCAAGGCCGGCUGACCGUCAGCUGGGUGCCUCCUCCUCUCAGGUACAUGGAUGACAGCAUGAUGUACGAGGUCAGCUACGCUGCGGCGGACAGCCACGCGGGGCAGGUGGAGGUGGCGCGAGCCAGCUCAGAGAUGAUCCUGACGGGCCUGAGGCCGGGCACCAAGUACAAGGUGCGAGUCCGUGUGAAGCUGGACGGCAUCAGCUACAACGGCUACUGGAGCGCCUGGAGCGAGCCCGUGUUCAUGACAACACGUCCUGCAGAGCUCGACCUCCUCAUCAUGUCCCUGACCCUCAUCAUGUCUUUCAUCCUCAUCGUGCUGUCUCUCACCGUGCUCCUGUCCCAUCGAAGGUUUGUUGUAAAGAAGAUUUGGCCGACUAUUCCAACUCCUGACAGCAAGUUUCAAGGCCUUUUCACUGAUUAUGGCGGGGACUUUCAGGAGUGGUUAGGGCAGACCAGCGGAGGCGUAUGGUUGACUCCGGCUUUCUUCUACUCGGAGGAAUGCCCGUCCCCUCUGGAGGUCCUGUCCGAGCUCAGCCCGUGCCCCUCACUUCCUUUACCACCUCUUCCACCGAAAACCUCUCGAGCUUUGCCCUCGGGCAGAAAGGAAGACGUGAAGACGGGGUUGGACGAGGGAGAGCGACGGGGUGAUUCAGCUCUGACAGACGGAUGGACGGCCACGCCACAUGACCACUGGCUGAUGGACCGCUUACGGGCGCUCCACCAGAACCCCGUCCCCUGCUCCCGGUCGUCUCUGCUGGAGUCUCAGGACGCCUACGUCACCCUCAGUGGCAACAACCGCAGCGAAGACACCUGGACACCUGGACACCUGGACGACGUUCUCGAGGAGACCGUACCCCUCGAGGUGCUUUUUGCUUCCAGAAAGACGCUGUUGUGUGAAUCUCAUUCUGACCUGGGGUCCGUGCAGCAGAGCUCCGGCUCGGGUCGCCUGUCGUCACAGUCCAGCUUUGAGUACCCAAACCACGCCUGGAUGCCCAAGGGCCCCGGGUACACCUACAUGGCGGUGGCAGACUCUGGGGUCUCUAUGGAUUACAGCCCCAUGAGCAGAGCGGAUGACAUCGGGAAAGUGGUUAUCUACGCCAAUGACUACAAGAACGAGAUCCCCGCUCACAGAAGACCCUUCCUGUCGAGGCAGCACCCCGUCCAUGACGACAGCUGAGAGGACGCGGAGCUGGACACGUGGACUGAGCCUUGAAUCAGACUCCUUGAGAGGGUUUUUGGAUCCUCACCCCAAAGCUACAUAACUUCUUAUCAACUGUUAAGAAAGGUGUACCACGGAUUCUGGAGCCGACCGACACCACAGCGUAAGGUAACGGACUCAGGAGGAAGAGUUUUCCAAACGGCAGCUGGUUUAAAGCAGAGACCGAUGUUCUCUGCAAACGUCUGCACGCUGGUCUGUAAGGAUCCCACCCUGCAGAUCAGAGCAGGAGUUCAAGGUGAGCUCAUGAACUCCCUGGAAAGUGCUUUAUUCAUAUUUGGGCUACUUCUUAAUCUAAACGACCGACAGGCUAUUAGGUCAAAAUACUUUCUGAAACAGUAGACUGAACUAGGGGUCGACCGAUAUUGGUUUUUCAGGGCUGAUACCAGCACCGACUAUUAGUACUUAAUGAG